CACUUGCGCUUUUGGUAGCGUCGCGGAUCAAAGCGCCACCACCUGCCACCUCUCCCUCAAGGCCACGCCCCGCGUGACCUUUUGAAUUUGGCGCCACGUCACGGGGGUCCUGCUGCUGAGGAAGGCGGUGAGUCCUGUGACCAGCUGUGACCGCCGCGCCAUAACCCCGUGACGUAACCGUCUGCUACCCUCAAGGUGCAUGGCAUGGCCGACUGUCGGAGAGGACGCAAGGUUGGGAUCAACAAACAGGACGACCACGGUCCAGGAAUGAACGUCGCACAGUGGCUGAAGGGGCUCCUGUUUACCGAGGCGCAGUGCCUGGAGUGUGCUGGGCUCCGCGGGCAUCGUUACCCCGGGCCGUGCCGCACUGCGCCCUGAAGCACCUUUGUCAUAUGAAGUCGAUGUAAAUGUGAAGUUCAGCAGCAGGGUUCUGCGCCAUGGCUCCUCACCAUGAGACGGAGCUUUUUGCGCCGGAAGAGGUUGUAUUCAGCGAGCAGCCGCAUCCCGAGAAAUGCACGCACAAGAGUGCAGGGUACCUAAAGCGUGCUAGUACUGAACAGCUGCAGGAGAUAUUCAAUAAGUAUGCAUCCGAAGAAGUAAAUGGGGUAAAAUAUAUGCGAGCUGGUGACUUCAUUCAACGUUACCUUCGAUUCAUCCCUGAGAAAGAUUUCAAUGAGGAAUCUGUAAAGUUGUUGGGUGGAAUUAUUGACACUAGCAAAGAUGGACUUAUAUCAUUCCCAGAAUUUCAAGCAUUUGAAGGCCUACUGUGUGUUCCAGACGCAUUAUACAAAACUGCUUUCCAACUUUUUGACACAAAUGGAAAUGGAAUGGUGUCAUUUGAGGAAUUUGUCGAAGUGGUUCGCAAAACAACUCUUCAUCAGCGUAUGCCCUUCAAUUUUGAUGGAAACUUCAUUAAACUGUACUUUGGCAAGGAUAAGAAAAGACUCAUCUCUUACUCAGAGUUCAGUCAACUUCUGCAUGAUUUCCAUGAGGUUUAUGCUAUGGAAGCUUUCCGAAAAUCUGACAAAGAUGGAUCAGGCUUCAUUUCGGCCUUGGACUUUCAGGACAUUAUGGUUUCCAUUAAGAGCCAUUUGCUUACAAAAGAUGUUAAAUCUAAUCUUGUCGCUGCUGCAUCUGGUGGAACAGGUGGACAACGGGUGAGCUUCCCAUACUUUAUGGCAUUUAACUCCUUACUCAACAAUAUGGAACUCAUCAAAAGAAUUUACCUGAAUGCAACUGGUGGAAACAGAAACCAAGAAGUAACAAAAGAGGAAUUCCUUCACUCAGCACAGAUGAUGUCUCAGAUCACCCCCCUUGAAGUUGAUAUUCUUUUCGUCCUUUGCCACCUUCUCCAUCAAACAAGCAUAUCAGUCUCCCAUGAGGAUCAUCAUAGUUGGUUUGGCCGAAUAGUUUACAGUGACCUUCAAGCUAUUGCUCCAGAGCAGUAUUUUAAGCAAAUCACUAACCGAUUAGCAGAAAUCAAAGCUGUAUCAAGCCCAGAGGAACGUGGAGCUUUGAUUCAAGUUUUAGAAAGCGCCUACCGUUUCACUCUUGGUGCCCUUGCUGGAGCGGUUGGAGCCACAGCAGUCUAUCCCAUUGAUUUAGUAAAAACUAGAAUGCAGAAUCAAAGAUCAGGUUCAUUUGUUGGUGAGCUAAUGUAUCGGAAUUCAAUGGAUUGCUUUAAGAAAGUUAUCCGUCAUGAAGGUGCAACUGGACUCUACAGAGGACUUGUUCCUCAGCUAAUGGGGGUAGCACCAGAGAAAGCUAUCAAACUAACGGUAAAUGACCUGGUCAGAGACAAAUUCACUGAUAAGAAAGGCAACAUUCCAUUAUGGGGAGAGAUCCUUUCUGGUGCAUGUGCUGGAGGUUCUCAAGUUAUAUUCACAAACCCACUUGAGAUUGUGAAGAUUCGUCUUCAAGUUGCUGGAGAAAUAGCAAGUACAACAAAAAUAAGUGCAUUGUCUGUUGUUAAAGAACUUGGUUUCUUUGGAUUAUACAAGGGAGCAAAAGCAUGUUUUCUGCGAGAUAUCCCUUUCAGUGCUAUAUACUUCCCUGCCUACGCCCACACAAAGGCUAAGCUUGCUGACGAAAAUGGGUAUAACCAUCCCCUUACACUCUUGCUUGCUGGUGCUAUUGCUGGAAUUCCAGCUGCAUCACUUGUAACUCCUGCUGAUGUCAUAAAAACUCGCCUUCAGGUUGUAGCAAGACAAGGACAAACUACCUACACAGGAGUAAUUGAUGCAUUUGGAAAAAUUAUGCGUGAAGAAGGACCAAGAGCUUUCUGGAAGGGAUCAGUUGCCCGAGUUUGCCGUUCUUCUCCUCAAUUUGGAGUUACUCUACUAACCUAUGAAAUUCUUCAACGAUUAUUUUAUGUUGAUUUUGGUGGAACGCGUCCGACUGGUUCUGAACUAAAUGUGCCAGCUGUGGGAAUUGCAGAUGAAGUGAAAUCAACCAAUCCAGAUCACAUUGGAGGGUAUCAAGUUGCGCUUCCUAUAUUCCAGGGUAUUGAAAGUAAAUUUGGGCUCUGUUUACCAAAGUUCAAAACUGGAUUUAUACCUGUUACACCUCCCUCAUAGUUAUCUUUAGAAAUCAUGUAUCAUAUGCCUCUAACAUUCUUGGGCUAGGUUUUUAGUUAUGAGCUUUGGAGGUUGUGAUGUAUUUUGCUGUUUAAGCCUGUGAUGCAGGGUAUUGCUUUGCUUUAAUAUGUUCAACCUUCAGAGACUGAGGUGGGAGGAAGUUUGUUAGGCAAACAUUGACUUUUCUGCUGUCUCAAUCAAAAGAACAUGUUUGUUUUCUGAUUCUUGUUUUUUUUUUUAACAACAAAAAAAGCCACAAACAACUGAAUAAGAUAAAUUAUGUUCUGUAAACAUAUGCAUGUCUCAGGAAUUUCCCAGUCAAUAGAACUGUAUUUAUUUAGUGAAUACUUACUUGGCAUCAGCAACAGCCAUUUUAUGUAGAAAUUCCUACAAGAUCUUUAUUUCAAGUGAUCUAUGUUAUACCAGUGUAAAUGUUAACUUUUGAAAACUUUUAACUUUUCAUUGUGUACUGUUUCAUAAUUUUAUAUUAUGGGUACCUGCUUUUUUGUUAAGGAGUAUGUUAAAACAUGAUAGUUUACACAUUAGUAUGUCACAAUAAAUACUUUCUGUGACCAAUAUUCAAUUCUUCUGAAUGAGAAAUGGUUGAUUUACUGUUGAUAUGAUACCACUAAAUACGUAAAUGGAUCAUAUACAUAGAUGACUAGCAGUAUUAAAGGUGCUGUGGAUAAAUACGCAAUAUUUUUUGAUUUAUUGUCAAAUUUUAAAGCACCAUUAUUUAAUGCUUUUCAUCUACAAAUUUAAGUCUAAGGCUGAUUUAUAAUUGCAAUCUUGUCCUAUGCAUUUGGCCUUACAUGUAAAAUUAAAGUCUGUGAAAAAUGGUUAUUGCACUGUUUUUAAUGUUGAGGUUUUAUUCAUUUACGAAUGUUUUCUUUAUUGUUUACUAGCACAGAUUUCUUUAAGGAUAAGCAAUACACAAGCAGUCUUCAGCCAAUACAAAGUUAUAGAACAAUUGUUACUGGAUAGAGCUCUUGCUCUUGCUUAUCUGUUAUGCAUGUUAUGUUGUUUUACAAGUGAGCUGAGCGUACUGUAUGCGUUAAUGUUUAGUAUGUCACUUACCUCAAAUGUGAUAUUCUCACAUUGAAAUAGCUCAUAAGUCUUGCUCGUUGUGAUAUUGUAUCGUUAUUUUCCAAGAGAAAAGAAACGUUGACCGGUACAAAUGUGAUUUUUACUUUUCACACCUUUUCCAGUAAUACUCAUCCAAAGAAAGUGAAGUGGAAUCCAAAAUGGGAAGGAGAGUAAACCUUAUGUUUAUUUUGAUAUUGUCUUUAACCACGAAUAAUUAAUACUCCUGUAUUUUUUGUACAUAGUUUAAAUAUUGCAUUAUGAAAUUGUAUUUCUACUUUGCAGAGUUUUAGAUCAUGUGAAAACUAUGUCAAACUGCAUUUCAAGAUAUAUUUUAUACUGAAGUGAUAUUUGAGAUGCAAUGUGCCAGGCAAAGUAGCAAGAGUCAUUGUCAAACCAUUAUUUGAAGAUAAAAAAUUAAACUGGUGCGGUCUCAAAGUUA